GGAGGAUAGUGUGACAGUCUGGCUGGAUACCUCCCCAAACUAGCGCGUAAAACCUCGUUUGGAAAGGCGUUUGGAUACCCAAAAGUAGCGUUUUCAGUGGAAACCAUCGCAUCUGAAGAAAGUUUGAUCAGCUAUCGGUGCAUGACAGUGACUAUUUGCUUGGCUGACUAUUUUACGCGACUGCAUCAGAAUUUUCUUUGGAAACCAGCCUCGGAUGCGACCGAAAUCUCCAGAUUCACAGGUCAAAAGAGUUAUUUGUCUCUUACUUUCUAUAGCUAUGCGUGCAUUGUCUAGUUGGAGAUAAAGCUCCCGCAAAAAUACCUUGUCAGGGACAAAGGGAGGGUUUGUGCGCGCUCUCGCACCUCAGCCUGACCAGAAAAAGGAAGAAAUCUGGGAGAGAGGGGGGAAGAGAAGUUGCGUCUCCAAGGAUGACUUUAGGGACGGAUAUGUCCGACAGCUCUGCAUUGUCCGAAGAUGUAGACAUUGAUGUGGUCGGUGGGGACAUAUCCGUCGGAAAAGACGGAAAAUACAUUCACCAUGAGUUCAACUUAGAUAAUGACUCGGACGAUAAUUACUCCCAGAGCGCGGCAGAGAGGGGUUCUUCUCCGGGGCUCAGCAUCUCCGACUGCCCAUCAGAGCCUCUGGGAUCAGGCGCGGAGCCCGGGACCGUGAUUGGAGACAAACCCAGAAAAAGUGCCCUGGUGAAACCCCCUUAUUCUUACAUUGCUCUGAUCACAAUGGCCAUCCUUCAGAGCCCUAAGAAACGCCUCACCCUCAGUGAGAUCUGCGAGUUUAUCAGCAACAGAUUCCCUUACUACCGGGAAAAAUUCCCUGCGUGGCAGAACUCCAUUCGCCACAAUCUUUCCCUAAACGACUGCUUCGUGAAAAUCCCACGGGAGCCCGGUAAUCCAGGAAAGGGCAACUACUGGACCCUGGACCCGGAUUCCGCAGACAUGUUCGACAACGGGAGCUUCUUGCGUAGGAGGAAGCGCUUCAAGAGGCACCAGAGUAACGAAAUCCUCAGGGACUCCGGCGGCUUUCUACCCGGAUUCGGAUACGGGCCGUACGGAUACAACUAUGGACUCCAGCUGCAGAACUUUCACGCAGCCCACAACCCUUUCCAUCCGCACCAUGCGAGCGGAUCAUUCCCGUUCCCCAACGCGCCCUGCCCCUUGCCCUCACCUGCAUCAAUAUUCCCAGCGCCGCAUCACCUGCCCUCCCUUCUAGGGGCCGACCUGAGGAAGCCCUUUUACCCUCAGCUCAGCCCUUCUCUGCCGCCCCUCAAGACGGACUCCAACUCCACAAGUCGGCCCUCCUUCUCCAUCGACAACAUCAUAGGAGCGGCCAAUUCUAGCGGCUCUUCCUACAGCACACAGAGCAGCAGCCAGGCUCAGAUCCUGGCCAUGCUCACUCCGGCGCUGGCCUCCGCUUCCAGCCACCUGAACCUAUCCCAGGAGGGCCUAUUCCAAGCAACUCAGCAGAGUCAGACUUUUCCCACCAAAAACUCCAACUUGAACACUUGCCCCUUCUAAAGACUGAAAAAGUGAAUAAGAAAUAAUAAUUGUGACGUCGUCCUAUGUAAAGGUAGGAUGAACAUUUUUGCUGCAGAAAGAGAAAGGGAGAGACAGAGAGAGAGUUUCUGUCAGUUUCCUAACAAUGUGAGAGGAGACUUUAUUUAUGCGAUGUAAAUAUAUGUGCAUAACACUGAGAGGCAGAAAACCCAGAAAGAUCAUAAAAACGAACACAAUGCAGGCCUGCCAGCCCGGGUUGCGGCCUUCAUUUAUGAGCUGAUGGGAUUUAAAAUAAAAAUGAAAAUAAACUGAUAUUUUAACAUAAGUUAAAGUUGUCAUCAACCGCCAGUGGGGCUUGUUUCCAUUUUUUUUAAAAUAAAUAUAACAGAAUUUUAUUAUGAUUUAUAUUGUGUUUAUUGUAAGAUAGUGGCACUAUUGUUGUUGAUGUAGACAAGAGACGGCAAACUCAGGUUUUACUUAGAAAGCACAUGAAGACAAAUGGGAGGUUUCUGACUUUAUAGAAAAAGAAAAAUCUCUCUAAUCCGCCCGUAGUCCCUCUUUUAUCGUGAAUUUGUGGCAAUAUCCUUCCAUGUUGCCAGUGGAUACAUCUAGGUUGCGUGAUUGAUUCCCUCAGCCUUUUUAAUUGUUCGUUCCUCCCUAUAUUUACAGUUGAAUCUGUUAAACAUUUGUCAUGUGUUGCCAAUAGCUGAACACCUAAAUGUUCAUAGGUCAGUUUUUUGUUGUAAUGACGAGAAUAAUAAAUGUUUGUGAGUUUAAGAAA